GGCUAGUAGGAAGUGGCACUUCGGGAAGUGGAAAUGGCCGCACUGGCCCCGCUGCCGCCGCUGCCCGCGCAGUUUAAGAGCAUACAGCAUCAUUUGAGAACGGCUCAGGAGCAUGACAAGCGGGACCCCGUGGUGGCCUACUACUGUCGUUUAUAUGCUAUGCAAACUGGAAUGAAGAUUGAUAGUAAAACUCCUGAGUGUCGUAAAUUUUUAUCAAAGCUAAUGGAUCAGUUAGAAGCUCUUAAGAAACAGUUGGGGGAUAAUGAAGCUGUUACUCAAGAAAUAGUUGGUUGUGCCCAUUUGGAAAAUUAUGCUUUGAAAAUGUUCUUAUAUGCAGACAAUGAAGAUCGAGCAGGACGAUUUCACAAAAACAUGAUCAAGUCCUUCUACACUGCAAGCCUUUUAAUAGAUGUCAUAACAGUAUUUGGCGAGCUGACAGAUGAAAAUGUGAAACACAGAAAGUAUGCAAGGUGGAAGGCAACAUAUAUCCAUAACUGCUUAAAGAAUGGGGAGACUCCUCAAGCAGGCCCUGUUGGAAUUGAAGAAGAUAAAGAUGCUGAAGAAACUGAAGAUGUUGGAGCCACUUCUCUGCCCACUCAGCCACCUCAGCCAUCAUCAUCUUCAACAAAUGACCCAAGCAACUUGGCACCAGGCAGCUACACUGGGAUACAGAUUCCUCCAGGUGCACAUGCUCCAGCUAAUACGCCUGCAGAAGUGCCACACAGCACAGGUGUAACGAGCAAUGCUGUGCAGCCUAGUCCACAGACUAUUCCAGCCAUUGAUCCUGACCUGUAUACAACUUCUCAGGGGGAUAUCCGCCUGACACCAGAGGAUUUUGCUAGAGCUCAGAAGUACUGCAAAUAUGCUGGCAGUGCUCUACAGUACGAAGAUGUGGGCACUGCUGUGCAGAACCUCCAGAAGGCUCUCAGGCUUCUGACAACAGGCAGAGAGUGAAGCCUCUGCAGUAGAAGUCAUGCUCCUUCGGCCUACAGAACUAACAACACUCCUUACACUUUCCUCAGCUUUUGGGAGCAUGGUUUACAGAAGAUUGCAGUUCCACUGAGUAAGA